AUGUGGACUCAUAUCAAUUUCGCAUUCGCUCUCGUCGACCCGAAUACGUUCAAGAUCGCGAAGAUGAACUCUUAUGACGACAUGCUAUACCCUCAAGUAAUCGACCUGAAGCUACGAAGUUCUGGUCUCCAGGUCUUCAUCGCAGUGGGAGGUUGGGCAGCUGGCGGCAAAGUCUUCUCGGACAUGGUCGCAAGUGCUGCGAACCGCAAGGCUUUCAUCGGGUCAGCAAUCAAGUUUUGCAACACGCAUGGCUUCGACGGCAUCGAUAUCGACUGGGAGUAUCCUGCCGCUGAUGACCGCGGAGGUGUCGCAGCGGACUAUGACAACUUUGUGACCUUUAUGAAGGAGCUUAGAGCUGCCAGCGGAAAAUUGGGACUGACCCUGACCUUGCCCAACAGUUACUGGUACCUCCAGGGCUUUGAUGUCAAAGCCUUAGAGGAAUAUGUCGACUGUGGGGCCGAGGCAGGCGAAUGUACCGGGGAAGCGGGUAUCCUCUCCAACGCCGAGAUACAGCGUGUCAUGUCAGCUCACAACGUCAAACCCGUGUUUGACAAAGAAGCGGGUGUCAAGUGGAUCACUUGGAACUCGGAUCAAUGGGUAUCGUAUGACGAUGCAGAGACUCUGCAGUUGAAGAUCAAGUUUGCCAAUGGUCUUGGUCUCGCUGGAACCAUGGUAUGGGCUUUGGAUCUGGACAACAAGGAUGGCGAAUCCGCUCAAUAUCUCAGCGCAGAUACUUCUUCGACUGGCUUGGACGCGAUACAAAGAAAGAAACUGUCGGCCGAUAAAAAACAGGCCUAUGUCGGUCAGAUGGCAUACUGGACGCCUUGUAUGUCUGAGGACGAUCGGAAGCAGAUGGGCUGUCCUGGAGGAUACCACGAGAUUCUUGUCGGUCACGGAAAGACGUUCGACAGUGAUAGUUUCGAGCAAUCUACCGGUUGCCACGGCUCGCAAAACAGGCUGCUCUGCAUGAACAACGAAAUUCUCGAAACGAACUGCCAUUGGAAUCGACAGAAAGACGGAAUAUGCUGCGACGACUUGCAGGUCUUGACACAGGUUUGCGAGAACCAGUAUUCCGCAGACUUCAUCUUUUCGGGCGGACUAUCAGGUGCUGGAAGUUCAGACUUCAAGCUUACCCGUGGCGGCCUCCAGAAACGAUCACUUUCAAGCCGCGGUAUGCACCUGCAAGCCCGUAUCGAGGAAUCCAGGAGUGACAAGACGAAGCAACAAACACGCGACACCAUUGACACGACCAAUGACAAGAAAGAGGGUGAGAAAAAGAGAAAGAAGCGGGCCCAAGAUGGCUACAACGAUUCUAAUCCAUGCGACUCUCACUUUGAAUACGACUUCCCACAACCCCCCAAGAGCCUCGGUUAUAUCGCCGUAUAUGCCGACGAGAUCAUUCUAGGCACGGUUACGGAAACCGCGAUGCCGCACUCGAUCACGAACAUUAAUGUUCUGAACCAAAAGACGUGCCAUGGCGACCGCUACCCACAGGCCUGUGCCAACUGGCGCUCGAUAGCUACGAACUAUUUUCUGAGAACUAUACCAUGCCCCGACGCUAUCAAUCACUUCAACCCAAUCAGAGAGGCGCCCAGUGUCUGGUAUGAGGAGCACCACUCGGAGUGGACGUCAUACAUCGAGAAGAAGGUGUUUGCACCCUAUGACGGGAAAAUCAAGGACACUGAUUGCGAGUCUGACGAGUGGCCUCCCUAUAACAUAUGGGGCAGUAGAUAUACGGGUUACGCUGGUAUCUACGUGCGAUAUCUUCCGGGCGGCCAGAACGGCGGCGCUUCUAAUCAUCGUCCAUCCAGGAUCAAGUUUGUUGAUGACUGCGGUGCCGUGCCAAUACCCUGGACAGUCUCAACGGAGACUCUUGGCAUAUAUUACGGCAUCUACACAGACACAGUCUGGGAGCAGUUGCAUUUCACCAGAACGCGCACGUCAAUUGUCAUGAACUGGCAAAACAUACCUGUCAUCGCCGGCGACCCAGAUCUGCUCAAGGACAAUAUCUGCUGGCCCAAGCGCCUGCGUCCCUACGCUGAACCCGGUUUCGCGCUCAACUGGUACGAUCAGUAUUAUGGCGGUAUGGGCGCUAUCCUCAAGCCCGAAUAUGCGCUUGUACCUGCCCCGGCUGUAACGCAGGGUAAAACAAAACCAACCAGGAAACGCAGCCUGGAGAUACUCGUUCAUCCCGAUGAUAGCGUUGCCUACGUUGUAGAUGCGGGCAACAGCACACGACCAGCUACGUCGGAGGAGAUAGCCGUGGGUCUUGGCAUCGACGCCUGCUUAGACCUGCACUGCACGCAAGAGAAGGCCAAGAUGCGCAAUGACGUUGUCGGCCACCGCAAGCGACAGAUCUAUCUCAACGAGCACGAAGACGAAAUCAAUUCUAUUCUCGCUGCUGGCAUGCCGCUACAGGACCUGCAGAGCUUCGAAUCGGCUAGCUCAGAGAUGGUGCUUACGGACUCGCCGGUUGCGCCUACGCUGACUACUGGGGCGCCGUCAAGAGCUACUGCUCAGAGUCCUGUCUUUACGGUUACGGUCACGGAGACGGCGGCUCCUAUUGUUGCUGGAAGGGCUCAUGGUCAUAUGCAGGCCCAUAUGCGGAAGAGGGAACAUGCGAACCAUCAUGGUGGCAGAUAA